AUGGCAAUCACGAGAUUAUGGUUCUUCACCCUCAAGCCAGACAACUCAGCCCGCGACCCGGCCUUCCUGUCCCUUUGGACCAACAUCCUAGAGCUCUGCGCCAUGUACACGCCGAGCCCGAGGUCCUCGUGCGGCUCCGGGCUCCAGAUGGCCCUCAGCACGCCGCCCAAGCGCAGCCACCACUUCCUCUUCCAGUCCGCCAGCGACGAGAGCCUGCUGGUCCUCAUCUCCAGCUACCCCUCCAUGGCCCUGUGCAGGCAGGCCGACGCCGCCUACUCGAAGCGCCACAAGGACGAGGUCCUGCGCCACGUCUACCACACCGCGCUGCGGCAGUUGGACAUCGAGGACGCCGAGACGGUGCCCGCGCUGCUCGAGGCCGGGGAGGUGAGCGUGACGUUCUCGAGGAGAGACCCCCUGACACUGGAGCUCGUCGAGUCGAGGUCAAGCAGUGGGAGCGGCGCCCCCGUGCCACCCCCGACACAGGAGAUCAGCGGGCCGGACUCGAGUGAGAUGCCUUUGAUACCCGGGGUGGAUUUUGGCGAUGUCCUGGCGGCGCAGAAGAGCGAAGAGAAGAAGUGGAUAAGUAUCUCGAGGGGCAAGUCGCAACAACACGUAGACGAUGAGCAGGUCUUCCGGCUGACGCAGGUUUUGGCUCGGUGA